GAAGUGGCUAUUCUCUGUCGCGCACCGUCUAUGAGUAAUCUGUUAGAAAAAAUGUUAUUUUUAUUUUGAAAGUACUUCUUGUUGGUUGAAGAACCAUACAAUGAAAAAACUUUUUGGUUCGAAUCAGCAAAAUCCCUUUAUUGGGAAAACCUUUCAAAUCGGGCGAUAUUCUGUAGUUGUUGACGAUGUAAUUGCAGAAGGUGGAUUUGCUGUUGUUUUCCUUGUCAAACUUCCUAAUGGAAGCAGACUUGCUCUCAAGAGAAUGUAUGUCAACAAUGACCGGGAUCUUGCCGUGUGUCAAAAAGAAAUAAAAAUAAUGAAAGAUCUGAGUGGCCACAAAAACACUAUACGUUACAUAGAGUCCAGUAUAACAGUGACGUCUAAUCGUGUUUAUGAAGUACUUAUUUUAAUGCAAUAUUGUAGAGGGUCUGUUAUACAAGUAAUGAAUGAAAAAAUAGAUUCAGGGUUUACAGAAAAAGAAAUACUUAAGAUAUUCUGUGACACUUGUGAAGCUGUUUCGCGUCUACAUCAUUGUCAAACCCCAAUCAUACAUAGGGAUCUUAAGGUUGAAAAUAUACUGCUGGGAGAUGGUGGUAAUUAUGUUUUAUGUGAUUUUGGAAGUGCUACAGGAAGGGUAAUGGAUCCUUCACAACAAAAGGUUACUGCUAUUGAAGAAGAAAUUCAAAAAUAUACCACACUCUCAUACAGAGCUCCAGAAAUGAUAGAUUUAUAUGGUGGAACCCCUAUAACUACAAAAUCAGACAUUUGGGCAUUAGGCUGUCUACUGUAUAAGCUGUGUUUUUUCACCCUUCCAUUUGGUGAGAGCUCCCUUGCCAUACAGAGUGUCAACUAUACAAUUCCAGAUUUGUGUAGAUACUCCACUGCUCUCAUGUCUUUAAUAGCAUAUAUGCUUGAGAAAGAUCCACAAAAAAGACCAGAUAUUUUCCAAGUUUCGUAUGUUGCCUUUCAUUUAGCUGGUAAACAAAAUCCAGUGCCAAAUAUGAAUUCCUCAGCUGUGCCUGAUCUUAGAAGUUUACCAACUCCACUGACAGAAUCAGAGGCUAAACAAAUUAAAUCAACUGCACAGAAAAAUCAGACAAUCGUCACUGUAGAAAGUACGACAGUUGCUCCACGACAAAGGCCUCGGGGUCAGGUUGCGCCAGUGUCAGCUUCCCUUGGACUUCCUAUUCAGACAUCCAUCGCACCUCGACGGCGACCAACUGCCAGCAACCCCAACACUCCAGUUGUGGAUGUUGGCCCCCAGCCAGCCCCUUCACCACAGUACCCUGGCCAGAUGGCAGUGCCAGUGUCCCCCAUGUUUGGUCCUGUUGUCCCCCAGGUAUCCCCCAUGACAAGUUACCCUCAGACCAACAUGAUCACACCCUCUCAGUCUUUCUAUGGUCAUCAACAGCAGUUCAUGCCUCAACAGCACCAGAUGGGCAUGUACCAGAUGUACACCAACUCCAUGCCACAGUUCCCACUACAGGCACCCCUGACACAAAGCAGCAGCUUCAAUCAUGCUCUCAGUGACAGGGGAGGCUCCGGGGAAAGGCUGGUCACCAGUGCUUCAAGCAAUGAAGUCAAGACAGCCCAGUUGAUAAGCCUUGAUGAUGAUGUUAUAGAAGAUAUGUCCAAGUCAGAUCCAGCCUUUAAGACACAAAGUGACACCACAUUUAAACGCCCCUUUUUACCACAGAACAGAACUAUAGCCUCUGAGCCUAAUUCAUCGUGUUCCCUCCUACUUAAUCCACCCGCUGAUAGCAAAGUGAAUCGACAUCGACGGAAUGUAAGUGAUACAUCAUUCUUGACCAUGGGAGGAAAAGGAAGUGCUUUUAGAGCCUAUCAUGGUAAUCAGUUGUCUGCUACAAAUGAGACAAAAUCAAAGUCUGCAACAAACACACCCAUUAAUUCACCACCUCCGCUAGGUUCUCAAAAGUUUACCCGGCCAUUAUCAGCUGACCUUGUGGAAUGGAAUCCUUUUGGUGAUGACAACUUUGGUACAGAGAAUGAUGACAUGAUGUUUGGGGAAGAGUUUGACAAAAUCAGGCGAGGCUCCAACACCAGCAUUUCCAAUGUAAAAAGUCGUGAAGAUCUUGUGAUGUCUGGCUCUGACUCAUCUGAUCCUUUCUGUAAUGCACCAUUCAAAAAAGCUGAUAAAUCCAGGGAGCAGUCGUCCAGUGACAGCUCUGAUGGUGAGAGUGCUCACAAGGUGGCUCACACCGACGCCCUGCUCACAGAUCCUGCUCCAGCAGAGUCACGCGCCAGAGAUUUUCUUGGCACGGGUCAACUUCUGGCAGCUUUAGCUCGAGCUAAGUACUCCCAGCUGAUUGACUCAGAUGAAACUGAAGAACAAGAUGAGGGGAAAACUGAAACUGGUUUCUAUGGUAACGGCUUGAGGGAUGUGAAGCACCUAGUCCACGAUGAUGUUCAACAUGUGGGCCUUGUUGGCGCUGCUGUCAAUAAACUGGAGCCCAGAGCUAGAAAGGAGUCUAGUUCAUCCUAUGCGGAGGAGGAUCACCCUUCAAAGCGAGCUCAGUCUAACGACUUUGGCUAUCAGGAGCUGGAUGAUGAGUUUGGAUCCAGGCCUGUGGACCCUGCGGUGGCCGUCAAGGUGAACAAUGGAGACCAUAGCUCAGCGCAGUACCCCCCCAACUCUGACAGGAUUGUGGGGCAUGAGUACGGGGUGCGGCCCCUGCUGGAUGACGAUGAGCUGCAGGACGCUUACGGUGGUCAGACCCAGUCCUGGUCACACUCUGCAUCUGGGGACAGUACUGGACACUUGUUCUACGCUAACCAACAUGGGAUGACCAACCAGGGCUUGACAGCGUUUUCAGACCAUCCCUCAGUUGGCAGGAACUGUCUUGGACAAAGUGCUGUGGCUUCUGAGCCAGCUGAAGCCAACUUUGACCACGCUGCCAUGACCUCCUCGUCGCUGGUAGUUUCCCCAGAGCUGGAGGCUGGCCUGGAUGUCUUCUCUGCUGCCCCCUUCAAGCCUAAAACCUCCAAGAGAUCCACCCCAGCCUCUGUUCAAGCUUCUGGUACCUCUUCUGUCACUGGCAUGUCUUCAGAUGUCUUUGAAGGUGCUCCAUUCAAACACAAGACAAGCAAGAGCAACAACUCCUCCACAGUGACCAGCCCAGGCAGUUGCCAUUCAGUCACCACGUCUGCUGGUGAGUCGUACAGCUCGUGGAAGGGUGAGCAGCAGUCUGAUGUGUUUGGCAGUGCCCCCUUCAACAGCUCCCUUACCCCAAGCUCCACGGGCCCAUCCUCCAGCACAGUGUCCCCCUCCAUGGAAGACAUCAUGUACAUCAAGACACCAGACGAGGCCCAGCCAGGCAGCCUGGCAAUACUGGGACAAGCUCUGUCACCUCAACAGGUUCCAGCCCUGGUGGUUCAGCAGGGGGCAGCCGUGGCCGCCAGACACUCCACUGGGACCUCUGGCACUAGCUACAACAUUCAUUUCAAAACUGAACUCACUCAAGAAAAUAAUGUACAAGCCAGGCCUGCUGUGGAGGUGGCCAUACCUGAAGACCCCUUUGGAGCGGUGCCGCUGAACAAAGCAAUGAAACGUUCCAUAAAGAAGGUUAGCACCACCAACCAGCUGACCAACUCAUCCAUUCCAGCUGCCAUGUUCUCACCUCCCAAUGACAGGAAACAUGGCAGUACAUCCCUCCCCAGUGUUGGCACACAACAGGCCAGCAACCAGAGCCUGCCCACACUACAAGACUCCCUGCCAGAGCCUGGACACGCCCCUUUCUUCCCAGCUGCGGGUGUCCCCACCAGGCCCGCCCUGCCUGUACAGGUGACACUGCCCUUCUCCCAGUACCAGAACAAGCAGGUGUUGCCCUCCACACAAAGUCCAGCCUUAUUUUCUCCUCCUCCAGCCAAACCCCGGCCCUAUGUGGCUCCACACAUCCCCCUGCAGGGCAUCCAAGAGCAACAACAGCCUGCGCUGUACAAGCCAGUCAGUAAACAGCCAGUUGGACAGCCCCUAGUCAGACCAUCCAUCCAGCGCCCUGCAGACCUCCCGAUGGUGUCCAACCCCUCCCCACCCCAACCCUCCACAGCCAGGGACCUGGGUGGCCAGGAAGACGUGGUGUGGGACACUGUUGGGGACUACGAUGAUGAGAGUAAAUACCAGAGGUUAAAGGGCAGGCCUGGUGUUAACGUCCGGGUCAGCAGGGAUCUCAGCACCUCAGCUUUUGCUAACAUGAGUUUUAACGACGAGGAUGAAUUUUCAUCGCGUGAGUCACCACUGGCCCAGUCAUCCUCACACAGGGGCCAGCCAUCCCCUGCUGGUGGGGAGGUGGGCAGGGCCAUGGUGCCGGCCACUGGCUAUGACACAGGGACGUGGCCACGCAAACACAAACGGCAUGCUGAGCCUUUCUCUGUAAAGAAGUAAAACAAUAGAAACUUUAGUGUUUGAGAAAUUCCGGAUAAAAAAUUGAGGCAGGAUCGUGACUUGUGCAUGGUUGAACCUGACCAUCCAUGUUGGGUGUGGGUGAUAAGCUCUAGUUGAUGUAUAUUUUGGCUGAGUCGGCUGUACUUUCUCUGACAUGUUAGUUGCUAUAGCAACCCUUCUUUGUUGUCAUGUUAUUGAAGCUUCUAUUGUAAAUUUGUAGACUGCAAGACAUCAAGUUUUUAAAUGUAAUCUUAUUAAGUUGUAGAACAUGAAUUUAUACUCAAUGUAAUAUGUUAGGUAGAGAAUUAAUUUCUAGAACUGUUAACAUAGCAUUGACUCACUGAUGGGCUGUUGUGAAUAUGUAAUUGUUGAUACUGCUAUAUGUUUUCUCUCUAAUACAGUUCAAAUGUUUUUAUA